AUGAUUUGCCUCAAAUCGGCUGGAAACGAAACGCAUUUGUUGAAGAAAAGCGUUGAUUCGAGUAACGACACCCGUCCCCAUGAGUCCCACAUCUCAGAGCUUCGCCUCGGUCACCUCGAAAUCGGCAAAGUGGUCAUGGAUGUCGAUUUGAAUUUCGAGAUGAGACGAGUCGAAAUGAAAGAAGUCAUCAAAAAAGCAUUCACCCAGUCGAACUUUGAUCCAAAAAGGCCCUAUCUCGAGAAGAUUGGGCCUGCUUACUUGGAAGAGAAACUAAAAGAAUUUCGGGAACUUUUCUCUGCCAUCGCCCCACCGAUGAUGGCGCUUACCUAUUGCAGAAGCUCUGGAACACUGACGCCGACCACAACUUGCGGGCGUUUCGAGACUGGUGCACGACGGAUCCGCCAAUCCAAU